AUGUUUGGCUGGGGUCCUGGGCUGGGCCUGGCCUCAGUUAGCACACCACCGGAAGAAGAACGCGAAGCUCCAUCACAGCCAACCCCGCUGGACUUCCCCGUCUACCGACUUCCCGAUGUAGUCCCCCACCCCGCCGAUUCAACCCUGCAUGACCUAUCCGAUCUCCUGGCCUCCAUUAAGCGGCCCCAGGAUAUCUGCCUAGAAAGAUUCGCCGCCUUGAAUCUCAAAGUCGACCACGAUGUCGACAUUCGUCAAAUGUUCCCCGAGACCCAGCCACAGCCCCCGCCUCUACCCUGGGAUCCAUCAACACCGGAAGUUCCCGCCGGAGAGGACGAGCUCCGCCCAUUGAUGAGCAAUGGACUCCCAUAUCCGACAAAGGAUCGCUUCGAUGUACUACAAGCAGAGCUAUUGCUAGACGAUGACGAUGUCUUUAGAGAGGUCGCCCGACUACCCCUCCGCGAGGGCCGCGAUCGGGUCCGCGUCACGCAAACACGCAAGUUCUGGACAGCACUGGAGCGCAUGGCACAAUAUUGGGAUACAAGUCUGGACAACUACUUUGAACGCCCGGCAACACCACAGCGCACGCCGCCGUCCGAGGCCGAGGUCACAGCUAAAGCAGAUCAGAUGCAGAUCGAUAAUCUGCCCGACGUAACAGAAGCGGCUGCGAUGGACGUGGAUCAAGCGCCACCGGUCGGCAGUGCCGAUCGUGAAAAGCCGCCUCACCCCACCUUGAAAAUGUAUACAGGCCGCCGCAGUGGUUCCGGCAGUGAGAUGCCCGAAGACGUGCGUGAUGAGACCGUCAGAGCGUUCAUCGAGAUGGCGGCCUGGCCAUUCGGGUGCCAGGUCAACAUCCCGACCCUCCCGCCCCGACUUACGGUCAAGAACCUACUUUUCCCAGUCCGGCAGUCGCUGCAGUCGGCGCGGUCUCCGCGAGACCGGCAAGUCGCAAGAAACGGGAUCCUAGAGGGGCCCGUUCUCAUCGCGCAGUGUCGUCCCGAAACUGGUUUCCGGAACGAAACCGAUGCCCCUGGAGCGGGUAUGGGGGAGGUAUGUGACCUGUUUCGGGAAGUGGGUGGCAUGCUGCUAGCUGCGCAGGAGCGCGCUCGUGAGGGUGGGAUCGAGAUUCGACCCGGAGAGGGCAAGUGGUGGACUACCAGGCCGCGGUUUGGCGGGGCCACUAGUGAUGGGAUCUUGGAGGAUCUUAUGAAUGGACCUGGUAUUCACGGAAUCCCUAUUCCCGACUCACUUCUCGGUGGUACUGGGGAGGAUAAGCCUUCGAUGUCGACCCUGGAGGACGACGGUGCGCGCAAAAGACAUAAAUUGGAGCAUCCGUUUGUGACUUCCCUUGCGCGCCGGCCGAGUGCCAUGCGUAAGCUUUCCAGUGUUGAGAAGUGGCAGAUGAUCCAGCCGGGUCCUAGUCUCUGGGAUAAGCGCAUGCGGUAUAUGCAGAUUGGAAAGGCUGCAGAUAAUCCAUUCGAUGAUAUUUACAUGAUCUCGGCCAUCAACCAUCACAUUGCCAUUUUGCACCUCCGUGUUCAUCGGCGAUACUUGGAAGUCCUCACCGACGGUGAGAGCGACUUCUCCGAAGAAUCUACUGUCCCAGACCAGCCAUGGCACGUUCUGAAACUCCAACGUACUCGUUGGUACAACUUGCUUGACACAAAUGAUCGCAUUGAGGCACUGAAAGGCGUUUGGAGCCUAUUCCAUUACCAGCAAAGAGCGAUUUGA